ACUUUUAAGUCUCUGUAAUCUGUGCGUAGUACGGAAAUAGUAAAACAUUUGAUCUACAUUUUAAAUCAUCUAAAUUCUUUCACUUUUAAAAAUAGAUAAUUUGUUUCUUCUAUCUAGUUAGGUAUUUAAAAAAACAUCCUACUUAAUCGUUUUAUUAUUUUGCGUUAUUUUCUAUUAGUAGCACUAAAGACUUCUUUAUUAUAAGUUUUCUAAUCUUAAACGAAUCUGCGUGGUUACCAAACCUACAUCAGCGGCAUUUAAAUAACCUCUCAUUCUCUGAUUUAAGAGUUAUUUAUUUUUGCAUAAAACCAUCAUAACGACUAAUUCGGAUUUUUCAAAGUCAUCAACAUGGGCAAACAGAAGAAAACACGAAAAAUAGUUGAGAAAAGGUUUGCUAAAAUGAAAAAACUAAUAAGUCCUAGCGAUAACAGAAUAAAAGCUGAUGAAAGGUCCGAAUCGCGUAAGAAGAAACCAAUAGAUCCAUACGAGAUGAAGAUUCGUGAAAUACCACAAGCCAGUUCAGCUCUUUUUUUUCAAUAUAACACGCAAUUAGGACCACCAUACCACAUUCUCAUUGAUACCAAUUUUAUAAAUUUUUCUAUAAAGAACAAACUAGAUAUAAUGCAAAAUAUGAUGGAUUGUUUAUAUGCAAAAUGCAUUCCAUAUGUGACUGAUUGUGUUUUAGGAGAGUUGGAAAAACUUGGUCGUAAAUAUCGUGUAGCUCUUAGAAUAAUAAAAGACCCUCGCUUUGAAAGAAUAGCAUGUCUACAUAAAGGAACUUAUGCAGAUGAUUGUAUAGUUCAAAGAGUAACACAACAUAAAUGCUACAUUGUAGCUACAAAUGACAAAGAUCUAAAACGACGGAUAAGGAAAAUACCUGGUGUUCCUAUAAUGUUUGUAGCACAGCAUAAAUAUACUAUAGAAAGAAUGCCAGAUGCAUAUGGGGCACCAAAAGGAGCUAUUUAAAUAAAAAAAAAAGUCAAUACCUUU